AUGUCCAGCUCCAACACGUCCUACAACCCCCUGAGGAUCGCGGCCAUCGCAACGGGUGUCGUCGCCACGGCUACGGUCUCGUACGCCAUCUACUUUGAUUACAAGCGUCGUCAUGACCCCGUCUUCCGCAAGAAGCUGCGUUAGUCCACACCACCCUGCCUCAGUGACCCAUCACGCUCAAGAUGGCUGACUCACAGGAGGCACAAUGUACUUCGCUCUACAUUAUCACAGUCCGCGACCAGCGAAAGGCAGCCAAGUCGACACAGAAGGAAGCCGAGACGGGCAAGGCCGUCGUCGAGGCCGCGCUCAGGCGAGCUCUAGUGCUUAUCAAUGCCCAACCGGGUUAGUGCACGCCUUUACGGUGUUCGAAUAGGAGCAAUACGUGCGAUCAGAAUGAUCGAUGUGGCGCCGAUCGAUCUGCUCUCUGCAUGAUGAGCUGACGUGGGGUUCCCUCGUUUUCUCGCCGAUCGAUCGCUCGUGUGCUCCAUGUCCCCGUCCUCCGUCACCAACCCUUUCACAGUGCCCGACACUCCCGAGAGCAAGGAGCAGUACUUUAUGGAGCAGGUCUCGCAGGGUGAAGCUCUUGCAGCGCGAUGUGAGUUCGGCCGCUGGCCCGAGCCUGUCGUGCUCCUCGUCGACGAGGUCCCAGUGCAAUUGUCUGACCCUCCUUCCCGUGUCGUCACAAUCCUCUACAGCCCCCGAGUUCUUCAUCGCUUCCGCCAUCGCCUUCUACAAGGCUCUCAAGGUCUACCCUGGUGCGCACCGCUCGGACACGGCGCCUCUCUUGAGGCAGGGCAAAGCCGAGCACUGACCUGACCUGCCUCCUCGUCCGUCUCGCAGCGCCCCAAGAGCUCAUCAUGAUCUACCAAAAGACCCAACCCCCUCCCGUCUUUGACCUCGUCAUGGAGCUCAUCACCCUCGAGUAUGUCACCCUUACCGGACUCGUUGCUGCCUUUCGGUCGGAGCUGACCUCUUUUUUCUCUGAUUUGCCCACACAGAAUGUCCGGCUUGGCCUCGUCAUCCACAUCCCGGGACCCCCGUGACGGCUCUUCGGACCCCCUUUUGGAAGAGAUCGAUGACGCCUCCCCUUCGCAACAACAAGCCCAAGCCCAAGCCUCUUCGCAAUCGUCGUCGACCCCGUCUUCCGCCUCUGGUGCCUCGAGCGCUUCCCCCACCAGUUCGGGCUCGUUCGUCGUCGUCGAUGAUGAAUCAAACCAGACCCCGGCUGCGACGACUACUGAGACCGUCGAAGUGGAAGUUAGGACGACGGGCAUCGUGGGUGAGGACCCUCCGGAGGAACCUCUCAACUGA